AUGGACCGAGCUGCGUGUUGCGGUCAUUUGGAAAUGGUGCAAUGGCUGCAUAAAAAUCGAUCGGAAGGAUGUACGACAAAGGCAAUGGAUGACGCCGCGUCCAGAGGCCAUUUUGAAAUCGUGAAAUGGCUACAUUCCAAUCGGAGCGAGGGGUGCACUAAGAAAGCAAUGGACGGAGCUGCCCGCGAAGGACUUUUGGAUAUAAUGAAAUGGCUGCACGCAAACCGAUCGGAAGGUUGCAAUCCCAAGGCGGUUUAUGGCGCUCUCAAGCACGGUCACCUCGAAGUUUUGGAUUGGCUGCAUACA